AUGACAGACGGACACUCUUACGACAGCGUAGUUGGUCCCGCACGGACCUUGCGUAAGGGAGGAGUGGAAAUCAUCUCGCUUGGCUUGGGGUUACGCUACAACAUCCGGCAGUUACGACAGAUGGCGUCCAAUCACAGACUGGUGUUUACAGCACGGUUUAGAAAUCUGAAUUCGGUUGUCAGAGUGAUCAAGAGGAAAGCUUGUGGUGCAACAGGUCAGUCAUAGUUUGGUUUAUAAAACAUAUUCCCUUACUGGAAAACCUAGUCAUCCAGUAAAAAAUUACAUGAAAUACACUGACGAAAGUGCAUGCUCAAGGACGAGAGACUACACUCGUGAUAUCUAGUAUAAAACUACUGCUUAACACUAACGCAAGUUCCCCUCGAAGACGGUAGACUAAAUCUGAGACAUACGUGUCAAAAUGAGAUCAAGCCACUAACUUAAGUCCAAAAUCGGGGACUGUGGACUAAAUUCGUGAUAUAUAUAGAUUCACGCCCGAGUUCGAAGUAUCUGGAACUCGUGGAAAUGCGAAUGAAAAAAUAAUUAUUGUAAACAUCAGAGUUAAAAAAAACCGUGACAAAUUCUGCUCAAGAGGUUUGCAUAGGAAAUUACCCAUGGGCUAAAAGUAUAGCCUCGCUCUGAAAAAUGGCAAAACGCAAUUCAAGUGAUAGAGAAGUUUUCCUUCUUUUUGGUUAAGACGAUUUAAUACCAGAUUGUAGAGACACAAGUGUGUUUUCUUACUCUUGAGUUUGUACGGUCCAUCAACCCUCAAUGCAUAUCAAUUGUCAACUACCUAGGUGUGAAACCAAAACCACACCCUCGCCCCAAGCCUCCCGGUCCUAAUCAAGUCACGUACUUCUGGGAAGGAUGUUAUAAUGACAGACGAAGACGAGCCAUUAGAUACAGACUUGGAAACUUCCACCGAGCCAAAGACCCUGUCAUAGCAUGUGCACAAGCAGCUGCUAAGCGUCGAUUUAAGGUGUUUGCGGUGGAGAAUGGUGGAGAGUGCUACUCAGGCCGUUUGGCACACAGUACUUACAAUCGUUAUGGACCUUCUAAUCGAUGUAGACGAGGCAGAGGAGGACCAUGGGCAAUGGAUGUAUACAAGUUUGGAAGACGUAUGUUUUGUGUUCAUUUGUUUAUGAAAAAGCGUGAGAAUGCAACGAUUUAAAGAAGUUAUGUCAUGGCUUAGUUAUCAUUACGAAUUCAGUCUGUAUGCGUAAUUUUUUAGCUUGUCAUUUACAAUCCGCUUUAUGCUCUUCAACCUUAUCUUUUGAGGUUCGAUUUACUUUCAAUCUUCCCUCUUUGAUGUUUUUCCACACUAACAAGCUACUGUUUCAAGGCUCAUUUCGUCUCUAGAGAAUUGCUUUGUAUUAAAAACUGUCAUGACAAAGUAAGGAGCAAAAUUAUAUCAGGAACCCCCAUUACACAACUUAGACACACAGUGUUACAUCAGUAGCUCGCUAUGAUGCACUGGUACCUAGCGCUACAGAGGCUAGCGCUUUCCAGUGCAUAAUUGGUGCUUGUGACGAGUCUGAACCAGGCAAAGGUAAAAAAAUCAAAGGCACUCUGCUAAACCUCUAUUGCACCAACGUUAAAAUUAUCAAAGAAUUCCAUAUAAUUUCGUCAACCUUGUAAUGUUAUGUUCUGAUUACAGCAAAGGGUUGGACCAAUGUCCAUAUCCGAAGUGUCGGUUGCUUCAAAGACAAACCCAGACGGGCCGUGGGAAGCAUGGUAGCUAACCUGCGGGGCUUGAAGUUUGUCGUCAGAGACUGCGCGCGCCAGGCGCGAAAACGGGGUUACAGGUUAUUUGCAGUUCAAAAUGGAGGUGAAUGUUGGAUGGGGCCCAGGGCUAAGCUCACCUACAAGAAGUAUGGUACUUCUAAGCGGUGUCGAGGAGGAAAAGGAGGCCCGUGGGCUAAUAAUGUCUAUGUUAUAAUUGUCAAAGGUAUGUCUCAAGCUCUCGCUUACAAUACUAUUACUUUAAAAAGCAACAGAUUCUUACGGACUUACAUUUGAGCAGCGAUGUUGCUUCUUGUUUUGUUUACAUGUCUAACAUCUCUUGUAGGUCGACCACCUUUGCCUCGUCCCAGGCCACGCCCCAGACCACGACCCAGGCCAUAUCCGAGACCAAGACCCGUUCCCAGACCAUCCGGUCGAGGUAAGCUAAGACAUAAUUUCUCUUGGCCCAAUCAGGAGACCCCUUGAGCUUAACGUCAUGUACACAGAUUGAUCAGGGAAUGACGCUGCAGAAGUUUUGUCCAUAAUCGUUCUUGGUGCUGUCUCCUUGUGUCUUAAUAUCAGCACCAACGUUUUCCAAGCUGUCUCAGACCAUCAUGUUUACCUUGAUUCAUCGAUAUUUAUGUGUUUGUAUCGCAAGGACUUCAAAAGGUAACACCACAAGGCUGCCCACAGCAUUGAAAAAAAAAAUUUGCAGGAAUGCAGAACAGUUUAAAAGUUAGAAUUAACUCUGAUCAUAACUCGCCGUCUUUGUCACGAAAAUCCGAUUUUCCAUAACCAUUUUCUAUUCCAUUUUUUCUCCUUACAGUUUGCCGAGCACGUCUUGAUUUGGCUUUCUUGAUUGACGGCUCCGGCAGCAUUGAAAGCUCCGGCAAAGGCAACUUCCGUCGCUGUCUACAUUUUGUGAAAAGGAUUAUCGCUUCGUUCACAGUGUCGCGAUCUAGCACGCGAGUGGGAGUUACUCUCUUCUCCAGCCGAACAUGGCUGAUUUUCGGCUUCAACCGCUACGCGAACAGGCGGCAGGUCUACCGAGCGAUUGAUGGUAUCAGGUAUCCAUCUGGAGGAUCUAGGAUAGGAAAGGCCCUGAGAUUUGUGUAUCGCAAAUUGUUCCGAACUAGUAGACGUCGAAAGGUAACAUUUAUAAAAAAAAAACACUCUUGAUUAACAGGGCACUUUGCGAAUAAAUUUCAUAAACCAUUGUAAUCACAGGUCUCAAAUAAAGGAAAAGAAAAUGUCAGGAGGCGCCAAUGAAAACUCAAAAUAAAAGCAUGUAAGCAGCCUCGAGUGUUGGAAAAUGAGACCAUUAAAGUCGGAAGUGGUCUUAAUUUUAGAUCGGAUUGGGAAGAAUAUGGAGCAAUAGUCUCCUUAUUAACUUCGACAUUUCACUCGAAAAUUCAUUUAGAUGCUGGCCAAAGUUGUUUCACGAGGAUAAAUUUAUCCAAGAUUACAUCUUACCAUCAAGAUCCAAUGUAUUAAAUUUUUGUAUCUGUUAAAAAAAAAAGGUUUUCGGAACAUAAUCAUAGUAGUUGUACCUUCCUUUACUACGUUCUUUUCUUCAUUUCAUAAACAACCCGCCACAUAAUCAGUCGAAUGCAAAAACCAGCCCCGAACUGUUAACAAACAAAUAAUUUUGGCUAAGAAUAUUUGAUGUGUGUUUCCACGGUGUUUACAUCAAAAUUAUUGGUUUCUUAUAGGCUCUAAUUGUGCUGACAGACGGCCUGUCACAAGACUCUGUCAGGCAGCCUUCACUCGGUCUCCAAAGGUCUGGUGUUAGCACAUUCGUUGUUGCAAUCGGACGAAAAACAAGCCGAAGGCAGUUGCAUCAAAUUGCCUCAAGUUCACGUAACAUUUUCAGGACCAGCUUCAGAAGACUUAGUAACGUUGUACGAAGCUUAGCGAGGAGAGUGUGCUCAAACCGAGGUGAGUGUGUGGUUCAAAAUGGCACUGAAAUACAAUUAUUUGGAAAGAAUUCUGUCCUGCCCUACCCAUGUGUUACGUCAGUUUUAGCUGACGAGAGGAAGGAGAGAGGAAUUGCUACCUCACUUGGGCUUUGUGUCCCACUGCUACUUAACUUUUUUCACUUCUCUGUUUAUUUAUAGUGAGACCCAAGCCAAAACCAGUGAGACCGGUUAGACCACCCAGACCAAAAGGUUAGUUGUAUCAUGUUGCCUUCACCAUUGUUCUUAUUAUUUACUCCUUGAAUACUAUAUUUUGGAAUUGAACGGCAAUCAUUCUUUCAAUUUUACGAAUUAAAACUAUUUCACCUAUCAAGCUGAGAUAUGGUUCUGGAAUUGAUACGUGGACCUAUUUUUCACCAGUUACAACCAGAGCCGUCGCCAUAUUCCCACUUAACGGAGGUAGCAGGGGUAAAGAUAUCAGUACCCGCCGAAAUGCACGUGGAAUACUCAGUUAUGUCCGCCCCGCGCCUGGACCGGAUGGAACUCGUGACGGUUCCUACCAGUUCUAUGGAAGAAGCAACAGUUACAUCCAGUUCCCUAACCGAGGAGGCCUUGAUACCAAGAAUUCAAUCACUUUCCUUGUGUGGAUUUAUCACCAGGGCCGCGCAGGACCCAUCUUCAAUUACAUGCCCAAUGGGUGGGGUGUGCACUUUUGGAUGAUUUCAUCAAGAACGCUGUUUGUACGGUUUACGCGUCGCAGAGGACGUCGCUCCACGAAGGCGGUUCUAAGUAGGUCAGUCUUACCGAAUCGUUGGCAGUUUGUUGGUGCAACGUAUGAUCAACGAACAGGAAUAGCGAAACUAUUUGUAAAUAGAAGAUUCACAGCACAGAAGUACAUUGGGAAAAUACGUUUGGCGACCAAUUACCCAGUGAGAAUGGGAGCUCGUAUUGGUGAUGGACGAUAUUUCCGAGGACGAAUCUCCUGUAUGCAGGUUUACAAUGGUGCUUUGUCACACUGGAAAAUCAUUUCAAAGAAACGAAGGUGCUUUAGGAGAAGUAAGUAGAGCUUGAUAAUAUGUUUUCGUUCAUAAACAAAAACUAUGAUUGAUUUAAAUGGUACCGAAAGAUUCGUUUUCCAAUUUUGAUUCCUCUUCCCAAAGGCAUAAUUCUCUUUAAAGAGGUAAAUUGCAUCUUAGUUUGUGGCAGAACAAAAGACAAACAAACAUUCCGGAACAUUCUGAUUUCAUGCAAUGCACGAUACUCUACAGAGUCAAACAUGCCAGAAACAACCGAGAAGUUUUAUUUUUUUUUAAAGAGGUGCUUCAUUUUUGUCUCAUCAACAGCUCCAGUAAGACCAAGACCCAAGCCACCUGGCCGAGGUAUGCGACUUUUCUAAAAACACAAUCAAAUCUCACCCAUACUAACAAUACAGAAAUAUCAUGUCAGUCGUUGGUGAUUAUCCGCCGUGUGUCACGUAUGUGAGACACACGUUAACUACGCGUAGCGUGUUGGAGUCUGCGUCGAGAGAUGUAGGUUUGAUCCUGGGCGAUGGAGCAGCAUGCUAUUCGGGGAGAGAAACGAUAUUCCUAAUGUUUCUGCAAUGGAAACCGGGACUAGCUCGAUUGGUAAUGCGCUAAUAGAAUCGAUAGAAGUAAUCUUUGCCCUUCGUUUAUGCUCCAAUGAAAGGAUACGGUACAGCGAUGCAUUGGUUUCGUUUCCGUUCAUAUUGUGCGUUCUAGAACGACUUCAAGAUCAGGGUUCAUAAUCUACAUUUAUUUCAUCAUACAUGUAGAGCUUCGUCAAAAAAAUUAUUCUUUGGUAUCUUCUCUUUCUUAGGGUGCAACAAACGCCUCGACUUAGCGUUCUUGAUUGACGGAUCUGGAAGUAUUAAUUCUGCCGGACGCGGGAACUUUAGGCGAUGCAUUGAAUUUGUUAAGAGUGUGGUGUCUUCGUUUAAUGUGUCGCCUCGCCACACCCGUGUGGGAGUGGUCCUAUUCUCUUCCCGCGCAUGGCUAAUACUGGACUUCUACCGUAGCAGAAGCAAGGCUGGUGUGUUGAGCACAAUUGGUCGAAUCAGAUAUCCGCGAGGAGGAACGAGGAUUGGAAAAGCUUUGAAUUUCGUGCUGUAUCGAUUGUUUAGAAGAAGUCGAAGGGCACUCAAGGUUAGAGCCACUCGAAUAACAUCAGAUAGUUUUUCUUUCUUAUUAAUUUUUUAUGCAAUGCGUAGUGAAAAAGUCCUUACAAUAGAGUGAUCCUGACAAUGUUCUUGUGAAACCAAACACUGAAGAGUCGUACAUAUCCCCAAGCACCUACAUGUUUAAAUGAUAGAAGGUGUACAAUCUACUAUUAGACAAUCCCCUACUCCCCUAUGAGACGUUGUGCAUGACCCUUAAGGCAAUCAUCAAACGGAAAAAAUGAAACUUAAUGCCUUCUUCCCUCACCCUAAUGAUCACUUAAAUAAGAGCAUUUGCGUUAAUUUCCUUGAGGAUUGACAUAAGGAUUCUCUCGGUUUAUCUCUCGAAUGAUUCGCUGCAAUGUGAAAUUCCUUUUAUGUUCCUUGUUAGCACAGUGAUCCGUAAAUUUAUCUACUUUUUAGGCCCUGGUAGUAAUGACCGAUGGCAUCUCUCAAGACUCUGUUCGGAGACCGUCACUGGCUCUGAGAAGCCAGGGAGUAUGGGUUUACGCCCUGGGAAUCGGUCGGCGGUAUCGAAGACGAGAGCUUCAACAGAUAGCUACAAACAGUCGAUAUGUGUUCACUGCAAACUUCAGAAGCCUCAGUCGGGUCGCUCGUCAAAUCUCAACAAAAUUAUGCCGAGGUAAGUGCAAAGUGUUACUUCUUAGCAAAGAAUAUAGUCGUCGUUAUUGUCAACAUUAUGAGCAAUAUUAUUUUAAUCGUUAUCAUUAUAAUUAUUAUCUUUACUACUAUAAAAGUCAUCAAAUUUAACGUCGCCAUGUUCAUAAUCAUCAUCAACACCGUUAUCAUUAUCGUUAUCAUUAUCAUUUUCAUCAUCGUCAUCAUUAUCAUCAUACCAAUGUCCUUCACUACAUAUGCACUGCUGAUACUCCAAACGUUUAUCACAGGUCGUCCACUCCGUCCCAGGCCACACCCUCCAGGUCCCCACAUAAGACCAAGCGGCAAAGGUAUUUCGUUUAAUGAGUGAUGAGGUUGUUUCUAGAUUGCACAGGGUUCUUCUUGUUUAAUCUAUCCAUUGGCAAUCUUUUUUUAAAUUGUCAGCUUCGGUCGCUGAAUCAUCCCCUGACAUUUCACUUUAUCUUCCUUUCUUAGUGUGUCGUAAACGUCUUGAUCUCGUCUUCCUCAUCGAUGGCUCUGGUAGUAUCGAAGCUAACGGUCGAGGAAACUUCCAGCGAUGUCUCAACUUCGUUAAACGGUUGGUGGCUUCGUUUGCCGUCUCACCAAGGCAAACUCGUGUUGGCAUCGUGUUGUUCUCCACCCGUCCAUGGCUGAUUGCAAACUUUAGGAGCUACAGGACAACACAGAGUGUGUUACACGCCGUCAGUCGCAUAAGAUACCCGAGAGGUGGUACGAGAAUUGGUCGAGCGCUGAGAUUUGUCAAAAAUCGGCUAUUUAGAAGGAGAACAUACGGGCGGAAGGUAAGUAUUGUGUCUUCUAGACAAUUUUAUUUAUUUAUUUAUUUAUUUAUUUGCUUUAAUGUUUAUCUUUAUGCUGGGGGAAGGGGGCGUUUUUCAGUUCCCAUGUGAUCAGAUUUAAGGUAGUUCAAAGAUGUUUAUAUUUACACUGCAUCAUUAACCUCUACUCCAUAGCAUCCAUUAUACCUUAAUCACAGUCAAGCUUUUUAACGUUAUGCAGGUUUUGGUUGCAAUGACCGACGGCAUUUCACAAGAUUCCGUCGUGAGUCCAGCAAGGAACCUCCGAAACGCGGGAGUACGAAUCCUUGCGCUAGGAAUCGGCCGGAAAUUCAGAAGGUCACAGCUUAACCAGAUGACAAUGAACUCACGAUACGUGUUCAACAGUGGCUUCCGAAGUCUGCACCGUGUAGUAUCCUCUAUAAAGAGAGCAGCGUGCAAAGGUAGAUUAUAUAUUUAAUCAUAUUAAUAGCUUUUUCUGAUUACCAUUAUUCAGUUAAUUCAUGUCAACUUGAAGACUUUUUUAAUUUGUUUCUUUGCUUCUUGUCAUGAUCAGGGCGUCCAGUACGUCCCAGACCGGUACGGCCAAGACCCCCCGUGCGCCCAAGUGGUCAAGGUAAGACUCAUUGGAACUAAUAAGCUUAAUUUUGUGUCCAAUACAGUGCGUGGCAACUAGACCAAAGUUGGUUCUGUGGAGGAUGAAGUCAAACAUCAAAGUUAAAAUUGUGAAAUCAUAAAUGAAUAAAUGCAAAGACCAAUAGGAAAGUUACUUCCACAGCUAUUAAAUGAUUUAUUACGGUAAAUUACCAAAAACCACUGCCUCGUAAUCAUUUGGAUUUUCUUACUCAAAUCAAAAUGCCCUCUAAAGUUAUCAUUGUAGCCAUUUAACAACACUUGUAUUUUCGUUAUCACAGUUUGUCGUAGACGUCUUGACCUUGCCUUCCUUAUUGACGGCUCUGGUAGUAUUGAGGCUUACGGUCGAGGUAACUUUCAGCGAUGUCUCAACUUCGUCAAACGAGUAGUGGCCUCAUUUGGUAUCUCUCCGUCCCAAACUCAUGUUGGUAUCGUACUGUUCUCCAGCCGUGCAUGGCUCAUCGCAAACUUUAGAAGCUACAGAAGCAAACAGAGUGUGUUACACGCCGUAAGUCGUAUAAGAUACCCUAGAGGUGGCACGAGAAUUGGACGAGCGCUGAGAUUUGCCAGAUAUCAGUUGUUUAGAAAGAGGACGAGUCGGCGCAAGGUGAGUGCUGGAUUAGUUCCUAUAUUCUGUUCUUUGGAUUUUUGGUCUUCAUGUAGCGUAGGUCAAAACUGAAUAGUUUCAGUUAAUGUAAAUGAGACAAAUUUCUUUCCUUUCAAAGUAAAAAAAAGGUUAAAAAAUAGCUCUGCCUUUUAGGUUCUUAUUUGUAUGACGGAUGGCAUUUCACAAGACUCGGUGGUGAGACCAUCACGUGACCUUCGAAAUGUCGGCGUGCGUAUUUUAGCACUUGGUAUUGGUCGAAAGUUCAGGAGAUCACAACUUUACCAAAUGGCAGGGAACUCGCGAUACGUUUUCAAAGCCGGAUUCAGAAGCCUCAGUGGUGUAGUGAGAUCCAUUAAAAGAGCUGCUUGUGGAGGUAAUUGGUUUUGACAGGGAAAAUUCGACUUCUAAGUUACCUGAAUUAUCGGGACGAUUUUUCUCAGUUUGUUAAGUCAGUUUCAGGAAAUAAUAAGUACUUAUGAAAUUUCCAAACGUCACUGGAAAAUUCUUGAAAGGAUUGCAUUUGCGAUGGUAGGGAAACAUCGGCCAUUCGUUUCACUUAAUGAGAAAUAUACUUCUUGCAGUGGCCGUGCUUUCGAAAAUAUGUGAUCAUUUAAACUCGGGCGAUUUUGGAUUAAGGGUUCAAUGCUUACGAAAACAGAAAUGAUUUUGCAGAGCUUCAUAACUUAGUCUCUUCAGGCUUUAUUAUCACUUCUGCUUAAAUAGUUUUCAUAGCUACGAUGAUCGCUCUCGCCUUUAUUUGGUCUCUUUUGCCCAAGAUAAGGUGGGUGGGUGGAGGGGGGGGGGUUGCUCUUUAAAUAUUUUGAUUAUGUUUAGUCAUGUAAGUAAAUGAAAAAGCCAUAAUUAUAUUCCAAGGUAAUUAAUACAGGGAUAUCACAGGCGUUCUAAUAAUACCAGACUCUACCCAAUGCUUGCUAACUCGAGGUCGCCUCUUUAUAGGAUCCACAACACGACCCAGACCUGUGCGGCCAAGACCACCCGUACACCCAAGUGGUCAAGGUAAGACUGGAACCGAAACUGUUAAGUGAGAUCCAAAUUCACCAAUUCGUGCUUCGAUAAGGUUAUCACAACCAAAAUGACAAGUUUUAAACCAAUUCUGUCCUUCUUUUUACCUAUAAUGUGUUUCGAAAUAGUAAGGAUUAUAAUUCAAUAAACGCUAUUACCAUGACCCAUGAUAAAGUAUUUUUCCUCCUUAAAAUAUUUUUCCUCAAAUUUUAUUUCCUGUCUCUUUGCUGCAUGUCAAAUAUAUUUAGAAAUUGUAUCUGGAAAAUUUGUCGGCAAACUGCUGCGUCCAGUCGGCUAUCAAAUGUUAGGAGGUAUUACAUUGGUUUUGCUUUGUGAUUGGUCCAGAAAAUUGGCGCACCCUUUCAGCCAAUUAGAUGGAAACUUAAACAAACCACUACUAAGUCACUUACAUUUCUCCGCGCAUUAGGCUGUCUUCCUUUUCAUAACUGGGUUCUCCAGGCCAAAUUUAAUGUUUUCCUUUAUUCUUUGUGGUCUAUAAGUCACUUACCUACCAGCCACCAUUACGACUACUUGACAACGCGUGUUGUUUUUUUUUUUCCUUUACAGUUUGUCGCAGACGUCUUGACCUUGCCUUCUUGAUUGACGGCUCCGGUAGUAUCGAGGCUUAUGGUCGAGGAAACUUCAGGCGAUGUCUCAACUUCGUCAAAAGAGUCGUGGCCUCGUUCGGCAUCUCUCCAUCCCAAACUCGUGUUGGUAUCGUACUGUUUUCUAGUCGUGCGUGGCUGAUCGCAAACUUUAGAAGCUACAGAAACAAACAGAGCGUGUUGCACGCCAUUGGUCGUAUAAGAUACCCGAGAGGUGGCACGAGAAUUGGACGAGCGCUGAGAUUUGCCAAAUAUCAAUUGUUUAGAAAGAGGACCAGUCGGCGCAAGGUGAGUGUCAAUAUAAUUUUUUUUUUUGAAUCUCUUUAACCGAUUUUAGCCACACAAAUAGGACCUUUUUUUUCCAACGUAAGGGGUAAGUAUUUUUCUUAGUCUUUAUUGUUUUCUGCUUUUAUGAUGCUUUUUGAAUUUUUUUUUUUGAUAACCGCUAUUAGGAUUGUAACUCCUCGGUAUCCAAAAGAUUAGGAAAACUGACUCAUUGCGUAAUCGGAUUGCUCUGCUUUAAGUAAACAAGAUUAUCCUAUGUACUUUUUCUCAGACAAUCAGACCCAUACUUUCCAUUUCAAAUCUAACCUGGCAUUUUUAGAGAUGGAAUUAACGUCUUGCCAGCCAGAUUAGUUAAAUAUCGACGUUAGGGCUGUCCUUUACAUGUAGUAUUUCAAUCACAUAACCAUCAUCAAAUGAAGGGCGUUUUCCGAUUUGAAGUUUUCGGGUGUGAACAAAUUUUAUUUGAAAACGCAACUGAGUAAACUUUUGUCGACAGAAUAUGUUUAAGAAAGGAUUUGAAUCAGAAAGAUGAACAGCUUCUAUACUAAUCCUUCUCUAAAUGACCUUUAGGUCCUCAUUUGUAUGACUGAUGGCAUUUCACAUGACUCGGUGGUGAGACCGUCACGUGACCUUCGAAAUGCCGGCGUGCGUAUUUUGGCGCUUGGUAUUGGUCGAAAGUUCAGGAGAUCACAACUUUACCAAAUGGCAGGAAACUCACGAUACGUGUUCAAAGCCGGAUUCAGAAGCCUUAGUGGUGUAGUGAGAUCCAUUAAAAGAGCUGCUUGUGGAGGUAAUUAGACUGUGGGCAGGAGAAAAGCUCAAAAUAAUAUAAUGGAGAUAAGUGUCGAAAAGAAGAGGAAAUAGGGAGGCUUGAAAACAUCUAAAAUCAGAUUAUUAACAAGGUAUUCAUACAAGAGAGUGUAGUUUUGAUUUUGGAUAAAUCAUCGUUGCUUAUUGAUUGAUCGUGAUUGUGACAAUGAGCUUUUUGUUCUACCUUUUCCAAAAGUUCAGGCAAAGUCAGGGAAUUUUGAAAACCUUUGGUAGUGGCAACCAUUUCCAAGUUCAAAGCGUCAAAAAAUCUCCGAGCCAGUUCAUGUAAUGAGAACACCUCAAUCGUUCCAUAUGAGGCUUACAAUCCUUUCUACCCUAGACAACAUGUAACAACUUGAUGCUUUUUUUCUCUCAGUUGACUUCGAUGUAAUUUAACGUUUCAUAUUCGUUACGGCAGUGAAAAGAGGAAAGAAGAAAAGAAACUUAAUAAUUGUCAGACCUGAUGAGGACGAGAGAAAUAGCCAAGCAAUAAGGGAACACGAGCAAGUGAGAGGAACACAACGAAGUGAAAUUUCUAGAGUCGAGAAUCAAGGUAAGCACUGAAAGAAAACAAGUCAGAUAAGUGGGACGAUAAUAUUAUUUUACGAAGAUUACAAGAGCUAAACGUUCUCACAUCGUCGAAUUUUCGAAUAAGUUGGAAAUGUCUUAGUUAUCAUUCUAAAUAGAAUCACAAACCAGUGGAAUUGGUUAAUGAUUCGAGGUAUUCAGGGUAAAAUUGCGCCUUAAAUGCGUUGCUUUUUUAUACUUCCCGCACCGGUCAGUAGCGCAGUCCAACGUUUAGUUUGCCAAGCGAAUUCCAAAGUUAAUCUAUCAAUACUUUUUUGUAACAGAUAAUCAAACAAAUCUGACCCCCAGCUGCUUGUGGCACUUUGUGUCACCCUUAAACAACUCAGAAGCAUUGGAUAAAAUCCACAAUCGUGUUAUCCACCUCGAGGGCGGAGCCUACAUGAAAAACACAACUGACGCGGGCUUAGUCGCUGACACUAAUGGUGGAUGGUUGUCUCUUAAAGAAACCAAUGGUGAGACUCUUGAAAACCUUUUAUCCUUUUGAAUUCGUCCUUAAGAUUUGGUUGUCUUAGUCGUUAGGUUCUUUAAAAUUUCUUUAAUAGCAUGAUAUAAGUAUAAUUUGAUUUCAUGUGAAACAAAAAAAUUAAUUUUAAUUAUGGGGGACACUUUCCUUAACACUUACCCCUCAAUUGUACUGCAAAUAUAUGAAUUGCAAUAUUCACUUCUACUGUGCUGAACACUCCCUUGGAAAUUAGUUUAAAGAGUUUGUGAACACAUAAUCUCCGAGCUUUUAAGUUUGUCUCUUCCCAUAGCUUGUGUCAUUUAUUGUUAUUUUAUGGAAAGGUUUCAUGAAGGGGAUGGAAAGAUUCGCAACACAAGCUUGUUCUAUAUUUUAGUGAGUGACGCGUUCAUCACGAGUAUAUUUUAUUUUUCUUUAGCUACCUGCUUCAGUGAUCCUGGACAUUGCUCUGAUAAAGGAAUGACGGUGAUGGCCUGGAUCAAACUCAACAAGACUUCACUGAGUAACACGACCAGUUCCUACAUCAUGUCUAGUGGUGGCCAGUCCACCAAGUCGCGCGGUUUUGCAGUGGUAUAUCUUGCCAACAAAUAUAUUGUUAUUCUCAGCACGAAAAACAAGCAGUGGAAACUCGACACACAUGUUCUGCCGAGCGGAUGGUUCAACCUCGCUUUCACUUGGCGGGAGGCGGGUCAACUCAAGCUGUAUGUCAAUGGUACCCACGUGACCAGUGGAAACCCUGCUCUAGUUUCCAGACCUCUAGACUCGUUCACAACCUUUGAUAUCGGUCGACCAAACAACUCGGAAAAACCAAUUUACAGAUUCCCAUUAAGAAUCAGCAACUUGGCACUUUGGGAGAGAGAACUGUCACUAGAAGACUUGAAAUCAGGUUAGUUACUUGAUUUUCAUGUUUCUCUUAACUUCUCAUUAUUUGCUCAUUAUUUUAAAGAUGAUUCCUUUAGAAAUAUUUCAAAAUUUGAUGAUUCCUUUACAGAAAUAUUUUGGUUUUUUUGUCGUUGUGAUCUCAUGAAUCUUAUUGGUCCUGAAAUGUCACCUGGUUUAAAUAUAACUACGACAGUUUUAAUAAGGAAUGUUUUUGUGUUGCGAAAAUGGACAAAAAUCACGAUUAUUGCAGGGUUACAUUUAUGAUUAAUUUGGUGCCAAAGAAACUUUAUUGUCGGUUAAUCCUCAACUCUCUACCAUCAGUAAAUUUCAUGCAAACACUGUUAAGAUAUAUAGGGUUAAGUGGAAGGUAUUUUCAUUUUCUCUUUUCAGCUAUGAGUGCGCCAAAAAGCCAAAACAGUCGACCACAAAACAAGAAGACCUAG